GGGCCUAAGGAGGGUUGGCAGGUGUACAGCUCAGCCCAGGAUACUGACGGGCGGUGUAUCUGCACGGUGGUGGCACCUGAACAGAACCUCUGCUCCAGAGACGCCAAGGGAAGACAGCUCCGCCAGCUACUGGAGAAGGUGCAGAACAUGUCCCAGUCCAUUGAGGUGUUGAACCUGCGGACCCAGAGGGACUUCCAGUACGUCAUGAAGAUGGAGAAUCAGAUGAAAGGGCUCCAGACCACGCUCAGACAGAUAGAAGACGACAGGAAGACCAUUAUAACCAGGAACUUCCAGGAGCUGAAGAACAAGAUGGAUGAGCUGCAGCCUCUGAUCCCUGUGUUGGAGCAGUACAAGACAGACGCCCAGCUCAUCUCCUCCUUUAAAGAGGAGAUCAGGAACCUGUCCAUGGUGCUCACCGCCAUUCAGGAGGAGAUGGGGGCAUACGACUAUGACGAGCUCUACCAGAGGGUCCUCAGACUGGACAGCAGGCUGCACAACUGCAUGGGCAAACUCACAUGUGGGAAAUUAAUGAAAAUCACUGGACCUGUAACAAUAAAGACAUCUGGCACCCGGUUUGGAGCAUGGAUGACUGACCCACAGGCCUCUCAGAGAAACAACAGGGUCUGGUACAUGGACAGCUACACCAACAGUAAGAUUGUACGUGAGUACAAGACCAUGGACGACUUUGUAGCUAACGCGGUGUCUCGAACCUACAACCUCCCGUUUAAAUGGGAGGGAACCGGUCACGUGGCGUACAAUGGAUCUCUGUAUUACAACAAGUACCAGAGCAACAUCAUCGUCAAGUACAGUUUUGAGACGGGUCGGGUGUUGGCUCAGCGGGCUCUGGAGUACGCCGGCUUCCACAAUACCUACCCCUACUCCUGGGGAGGAUACUCUGACAUCGAUGUCAUGGCCGACGAACUGGGCAUGUGGGUAGUGUACGCAACCAAUCAGAACGCGGGAAAUAUCGUCAUCGCCCAGAUGGACCCGGACACCCUGGAACUCCAGAAGACUUGGAACACGGAAUAUUCCAGACGGAACGCGGGGGAAUCCUUUAUGAUCUGCGGAACACUCUACAUCACCAACUCUCACCUGACGGGUGCUAAGGUUUACUACUCAUACUCCACCAAGACCUCCAGCUAUGAGUACACAGACAUCCCCUUCCACAACCAGUACUUUCACAUCUCCAUGCUGGCCUAUAACGCCAGGGAGAGGGCCCUCUAUGGCUGGAACAAUGGACACCAGGUGCUGUUCAAUGUCACUCUGUUCCACGUCAUCAAAACCCAAGACGACUCCUAG